GAGGAUACCCCCCGGAAAUCGACAGCGAGAGCAAAAAUGGAACGAAAGGCUAGGCCAAGCUCUGCCGAAACCCAUCCGACAGAUUCAACCGGACAGUCAUCGAAGCCAAGGCCAAAGGCCCAAGAGCCGUGGCAACUCCAGAAGGCAGCGCUCAAAGAGAAAUUCCCAGAGGGCUGGCAGCCACGCAAAAGGCUUUCGCCAGACGCGCUGGCUGGGAUCCGAGCUCUCAAUGCGCAGUUCCCCGAUGUCUAUACCACAGAUGCGUUGGCGGACAAGUUCCAGGUGUCCGCCGAAGCGAUUCGACGAAUCCUCAAGAGCAAGUGGAGGCCGUCGGUAGACGAGGAGGAAGAGCGGCAGCAGCGCUGGUUUAAGAGGGGCAAGCAAGUGUGGGAGCAGAAGGCGGCGCUGGGGAUCAAGCCG